GGUCGAGCUCAGAGUGAGACUCAGAGCAAUGGGGGGCGCAGCAGCUGCAUCCAUGGGCCCCGCAUUGUCACGCUCUCUCCCGCGGGUCCCCACAGCUUUGCAUCAGGGGAUGGGAAUGGCGAGUAAUGCCAGACUCGCUGACUCAUUCCGCGCGCUCCUACCGGGCGCCUCUCAUCCGAGCGCCUCUCCAAGCUCCUUUCAAUGCAGCUUUGCAGCACCAUUUUCUUUCUAUGCUUCCAACCCUAGAAUACCCCAGUCAUCUCUAGCAUCUUCCUCACAUUUAGCUACCACUCCUUGGUUUUCCCACCCCAUUCUCACUGAGACUACCACUCCCCAUCAGAGAAGUUUCGGAUCUUCGAUAAGAGCGGAGAAAGCUGCUAGCUCUACUGCCCUGAAAACACCCUCUGUCUCCGCCCCUAGCUCAAAGAAACAAGCGCUGAUAGACACACAACCGCCUCGGGGGACAAGGGACUUUCCUCCGGAGGAGAUGCGCUUGAGAACGUGGCUGUUCAACCAUUUCAGAGAGGUGUCACGACUCUUUGGCUUUGAGGAGUUCGAUGCGCCCGUGCUCGAAUCAGAAGAGCUGUUCACGAGAAAAGCGGGGGAAGAGAUUGUUGGCCAGCUGUACAACUUUGACGACAAAGGGGGGCGCCGGGUGGCGCUACGACCAGAGCUCACUCCCUCGCUUGCACGGAUCAUACUGUCGAAGGGGAAGGGCCUUUCUCUGCCGGCCAAGUGGUUUGGGAUUGGGCAGUGCUGGCGCUACGAGAGGACGACACGUGGCAGGAGGCGGGAGCACUACCAGUGGAACAUGGACGUCUUUGGAGUGCAAGGAGUCGAGGCCGAAGCGGAGCUGCUUUCAGCGAUCGUCACCUUCUUCUCGCGCCUGGGGCUGACGGCAAAGGACGUCGGGUUCCGAGUUUCGAGCCGAAAGCUCCUUCAAGACGUGCUCGGGCGCUACAGCAUACCUUCUGAGAGCUUCGCUUCCGUAUGCGUCGUAGUGGAUAAGAUUGACAAGCUACCCCGGGAAGAGAUUGAGAAGGAGUUAGGCGCCCUCUCGGUGCCCCCUGAAGCGGUAACCGGGAUACUCCAAGCACUCACGCUCAAGUCGCUCUCGGGCUUAGAAGACUUGCUGGGCGCGGACAGCGACGCGGUGCGCGAGCUGAAGCAGCUGUUCGCGCUUGCGGACGGGUACGGCAUCGCGGACUGGCUCCAGUUUGAUGCGUCCGUCGUCCGAGGGCUGGCCUACUAUACUGGAGUUGUGUUUGAGGCGUUUGACCGCGAAGGCAAGCUGCGGGCCAUUUGCGGGGGCGGCCGGUACGAUAAGCUAUUGUCGACGUUCGGGGGCGACGACACGCCUGCCUGCGGAUUUGGAUUUGGGGAUGCGGUUAUCGUCGAGCUACUGAAAGAGCGGGGCCUGCUGCCGGACCUGCCGCACGUGGUGGAUGACGUGUUGGUGACGUUAGACGAGGAGUGCCGGCCGAUGCUGAAUUCUGUGGCUGCGAAACUGCGGGCCGCUGGGCGGUCGGUGGAGCUGGUACUAGAGAGCAAGAAAAUGAAGUGGGUGUUCAAACGGGUCGAGCAAGUGGGAGCUUCUCGGCUGAUCGUAAUCGGGAGCGACGAGGCAGCACAAGAGGCCGUCAAAGUGAAGGACCUAGCGACGCGGGAAGAAACACUCGUUAUGAUUAAAGACCUCGUUUGACCUGAAGCUAAUAUGUACUAAGGCCGAGUCGAUGUAGAAUGAAGCCGUUUGCUCGGCCUUGCCAAUCGGAGACGACAUUUAGCGGAGACGACGUUCUUCAUUGCAGCGCUUUCAUAUGGAUAUGUUUACCGGCGUCCUCACAAUGGACUACACAGUUGAUAGUGCAGCAGAUGUUUAGUUGCAAUCCGGCCCCCCUUGAAUGGCGGGUGUGAAGUACGCACAAUGCAGUGACCACGUUUCAGUGGAACUGGCAUUAGAUAUAUGGAGGCCUCCUAGAAGAUAGGUAGUCAUGACUGUGCACUAUAUGACCCGACUGCAGAG